AUGGCUGGUGUUAGAUAUAUAAUGAUUAGUCGUGCAGAAUAUGUGAAUAGAUUUAUGUUACCAGAUCAAGAAGAUCAUUCGAAACAUUUAAUGAGAAUUAAUAAGAAUAAGGGGCUUUUAGAUUUAUUUGAUUUUAGUAACAAAGGA